GUCAAUAAAUAGAAGUCUUUGCGUCUUCCUUUGUGCCUAAGUUUCUCAAACCAAAGUCUCUGAAAUCCAAUCCAUGGCUUCUACUUCCAAUGGAGUUUCUGUUCUCUUUUUUACUUCCUUUCUUCUUCUUCUUCUUCAGGUUUCCUUCAUCCAUGCCUCUUGUCUUCACUGUGCAGCAGACUCUUCUUCUUCUUCAUCCUCCUCCUGCUCCAACUCCAAUAAUAAUAGGCUUCCUUUAGUGAAUGGACUCUCAUGGAGUUUCUACGAAUCAAGCUGUCCCAACGUUAAAUUUCUCAUCAGAUCACACCUCAAGAAGGUCUUCACAAAUGACAUUGGCCUCGCCGCUGGCUUGCUUCGCCUUCAUUUCCAUGAUUGCUUCGUUCAGGGUUGUGACGGGUCGGUGUUACUGGAUGGAUCAGCAAGUGGGCCAAGCGAGAAGGAGGCACCACCGAACCUGAGCUUGAGAGCUCAGGCUUUCAAGAUCAUCGAAGACCUCAGAGCUCUCGUCCACCACCACUGUGGAAGCGUCGUCUCUUGCGCUGACAUCGUCGCUGUUGCCGCUCGUGACUCCGUUUUCCUGUCUGGAGGACCAGAGUAUGAAGUUCCGUUGGGAAGACGAGAUGGCCUGACAUUCGCCACAAGAAACGCGACAUUGGCGAACCUCCCGGCGCCGACCAGCAACGCCGGAGUCAUCCUCGAGUCAUUGGCCACGAAAGGCUUCGACCCGACCGAUGUUGUUGCCCUCUCCGGCGGCCAUACCAUCGGCAUCAGCCACUGUACUUCCUUCACCAAUAGGCUUUACCCUAACCAGGACCCUGUCAUGGACCAGACCUUCGCCGACAAACUUAAGCUCACCUGCCCCACCGCGAACACCACGAACACCACCGUGAUCGACCUCCGAACACCUGACUUGUUCGACAACAAGUACUAUGUGGACCUCGUGAACCGACAGGGACUCUUCACCUCGGACCAGGACUUGUUCACUGACGAGAGGACGAAGGAGAUUGUGACAGAAUUUGCUGAGAACCAGAGCCUUUUCUUCGAUAAGUUUGCGGACGCUGUGGUGAAGAUGGGUCAGCUGGGGGUGUUGACAGGUAAUAAUGGAGAGAUCCGAAGAAAUUGCUCAGUGAGGAACCAGGAUUACGAAUCUUUCUUACGGAUGUACCAGGUCGAGGAUGCUGUGGAAGACAGGUCGGAGCUGUGAGUCGUUGUGUUUUGUCUAUGGACAUGGUACAUAGGGACGUCUACUUAGGUUGUGUGAUGUGUUUUCUAAUUAUGUAUUCACUUGUUGAUUAGGAUUAUCCUUUGUUUCAUCGUAGCGUGUUUGAUCUAGCAGACAUUUCACUUGCUGUCUGAUAAUAAUAAACAUGGUUUAAUUAUAAGAUGGCGGUGUUUCUGUAA